CUAACAAUCAACUCUAAUGACUCACCCUAAUGACAAUUAGAUCGAUAUGAAGGGAUCUAACUAGUUCAAACUUCUUUUUUGGUGUUUAUUUAAUCAAACUAAAUAUUGAUAAGACUAAUUAUGAAAAAGGGAAAUAUCACCUCCAAACUUGACAAACUUCAUCAUAUCAAACAUGGGUUUGAUUAAAUAAUCAUAGUUAAUGUUUAUGUGAAGUUUUAGCUUCACGAGAUUCCCAAAAAGUUUGUGCAAACAGUAAAAAAAAAAGGUUUUCUUUGUUUUAGAAAUUCUAUUUUACUUCAACCACCAAAGCUUUGCUUUUGAAAAAGCAAGCAAAUUUCAAUGUCAUGUUUAGUAAAUUUAUGGAUCUGGACACAGUUUUUUUUUUUUUUUUUUAAGGGUCUGGACAGGAAUUGCAUGAGCUUUAAAGUGCACAAUAAUAAAUAAAGGGGUUAAAUUCUAGGAAUUAGAAAGGAUGAACAACUGUCACAAAGGCAGUGGGUUUGGUUUAUUAUAAGAAAGAGGCAAAGGCUUUGGGUUUUCUGACACUGAUUACAGCAUCUUUGUUUCUCAACCAACGCCGAAUCUCCACUCCAAGAACGAGACAAAUUGCUGAAGUUUUCUGCACUGAAAGGCAAAGAAAACGAUGGCUAAUUGCAAAGAAGACAGACAAUGGAGUGGAAAUAAAAUGGAAGUUGGAAAGGGUUUGAAAACUUUAGAGUGCUUAAGAGGAAGAUUGCUUGCAGAAAGACAAGCUUCAAGAUCAGCCAAAGAAGAGGCAGAGGUUAUGGGAGAAAAGUUGUUAAAGUUGGAGAAUCAGAUUAGAAAGGAAACAGAGCUAAGGAACAAAGCUGAGAAGAGGCUUAAACUCUUGAUAAAAAAGCUUGAAUCCCUCAACAUUGCCUCAACAUCAGUAACCUCAGAAAUUUCAACUUUAUCAGAAAUUUCCACAAAUUCCUCAAAGGAAACAGAAAGCCAAGAAUCAAGAUCAGAGAAUCUCGUUUCAACAAUCCCGGAAACUCAAUGCGAGAAAGUUCUCGAUAUCACCACAUCUAAACAGCGCGAUGAGAAAAAACCUAAUCGGAAUGCUCCAGAUCGACUCAAUUCAAGCCAUAACUCCGAGUCUCACAACAAUUCCUACGCCGAUCCCCACCGAUCCUCUCAAAUCCCUCAAAGAAAAGAUGAAAGUUUUUCAGUAGAAGAAGUAAAGGAGAGAGAGCAUUACAUAGAUAAUGUGGUAGCAUCAGUCCCCGGAGCAGCGCCGGCGGCGAAUUCAGAGACCAGAGCGAUGAAGAUGAAGGAAAUCCAUGAGAGGGCAACAGAAGUUCAUGAUGCUCUGAAGCACAUUAGAGGAAAUGUCCAGAGCUCAUUUGAGAUAAGAAAUCACAUGAAAGCCAUAAUGAAAAUAAGGGGUGGAAAGGGGAUGGUCAUCCCGUCUUCGUCCUGUGGAUAUCUCUUGGUGCCUAGGAUGCAAAGUGUCAAGGUCAUGCUUGUCCAGGGCCUGUUGACCAUGGCCGCAUGCCCGAUCCAACCCCCUUCUAGCAUACUUUCAUAUCAUGUGUUGUAUUAGCUUAGUUAGCUUGCUUUCUUUACAUUUUCAU